AUGAAGCCCGGUUCGAUUUUGAGUAAAGAUUAUAGCGAGAAACGAUGGGUGGAACAGAUCAACAAGAGUUUCGAUGAUGAGGCUGACAACGAUGAUGUUAACGUAAACGUUCAAGUGUGCGUGUUCAGUGUCCCAAAAUCCACUAGCCAUUUCAACCCCGAGGCUUACGUACCUCAGGCUAUAGCACUGGGUCCAUACCACCAUUUCGAGUCACAUCUUUACCAAAUGGAGAGGUACAAAGUUGCUGCUGUUAAAGCAAUCUUGAGCUCGGAUCAAGUCCUAGCCUUCGAGUCUUUGGUGAUUAAUAGGCUCAAAGAGAAAGAGUCCAUGAUUCGUGCUUGUUACCACAAGUAUAUGGAUCUUGAUAACGACACGUUGGCUUGGAUUAUAGCGAUUGAUGGCUUGUUCUUGCUUGGUCUUUUUGGACACUACGUUGACAUUGCACCCUUAAUGCCUAAAACGUUGAUACACGAUGGUGUAAUCUAUAGAGACGUAAUGGUUCUCGAGAACCAGAUUCCUUUGUGUUUAUUGAAGGAAAUAUGGAAUACCCUUCAUCUCUCAUCAUCAACAACUACUUCUCAUGAUGGCGAUCACGAGUUAAUCUCUAUGUUGAGAGUGUUUUGUGAGGUACACUCUCCUCUGAGUCUACGAAAAGACCCUAUUAGUCAUAACGUUGAUGAGAUGCGCUAUUUGCAUUUGCUUGAUCUUAUGUACCAUUCGAUAGUCAACAAUAAUCAAGAAAUCUCACAACCUUCUCAGGUAGCAAUACCACGGGAGGAUAUGGAUGAUCGUCCUCUUAAGGUCAUAAAGAACAUUCCGUGGGAGAAAAUAUCAAAUUCAAUAGGUCUUAGAACGAUAACGCAAGACAAAGAAGAUGCUGAUGAUCAAGACGGUGUCAAGGAAAUAGAAAUUCCCUCUGCUUCAUCUCUUAGAAAAUAUGGUCAGAUAAGUUUCAGCUGCAUGACCACUGGAGGGAUUAAGGACAUUAGCUUUGACAAAAACAGAGCUACUCUGUACCUUCCAGUGAUUACUCUUGAUGUUUACUCAGACGUCGUAUUAAGAAACUUGAUUGCUUAUGAAGUGGCGACGUCUAGCUCAACACGAGACCUAGCAGCAUACAUCGACUUGAUGAGUGGCAUUGUUGAUUCUGAGUUGGAUGCCAAGUUACUCAGGGCCGUAGGCAUAAUUAAAGGUAAUAUGAAUAACAAAGAGAUCGCCGAUCUCUUCAAAGGGAUGAAUAAGAAUAAGAGUAAUGUGUACAUAAGUAGUAGCAACAAAGUUAUUGAGCAACUCAACCAGUAUUACAGCAAUAGGCCCAUGAUCAAGGCAUGGAGGUUCAUCAAGAAAGACCUGCUUCGGUCACAGAAAGUUGCAACUAUUGUUUUUACAAUUUGUAUAAGUCUUCUCACGAUUCUAUACUCGUUUUGUGAAGUAUAUGGGUGUUCAAAUCUAUUUGGUAGAAAGUGA